UGGGUAGUUAUAUUAGAAGACCUCAACAGAGGCAGACAAUUACUGGUGCUAAAUAAAGUUUAACGCCUUUUAACGCGGCAACUGGGGAGUUUUAAGCAUGAGAUCCCUAAAUUUAUUGCUCUUGGGUGCCACUUGUGCUCUCGUAGUGAGUUUUGCCUUCGCCCAUCCUCCCGAGGGUGAGUGGAAAAAGAAACUGACGUGGAAGGAAGAUUGGGUGCAAGUCUGGAAGACGGUGAAAAAAGAAGCCUGGGAAACCAAAUGGAAGAAGGUUCAAGUGCCCAUUUGGAAAGAGGUAAAAGUACCAGUGUGGAAAGAAGAAAAAGUACCCGAUUGGAAGAUUGUCAAAAAACCACAUGUUGAAGAGCGUGAGGUGCCCGCCUGGAAGGAAGUCAAGGUACCGGAAUGGAAGAAAAUCACCAAACCCAUUUGGAAGCAAGUACAAGUUCCAGUAUGGAAAGACAUACAAGUGCCCGUGUGGAAGGAGAUUCAAGUGCCGGUGUGGCGUGAAAUCAAAGUGCCCGUAUGGAAGGAGAUACAAGUGCCUGUGUGGAAAGAAAUCCAGGUGCCGGUGUGGCGUGAAGUACAAGUGCCCGACUGGAAGAAAAUGUUCGUACCCGAAUGGGUUAAAAUGGGCAUACCCGGCGAAAAGUAUCUGGGCAAAGAUCACGAAGGCUGGGAAUACACCAGUCACGAUUUGUGGCGCAAGAAAUUGAUCUGGAAGCCGGUAUGGAAGAAAAUCUGGCGUACCGAAAAGAAGCAAGAAUGGAAAACCGAAAAGAAACAAGAAUGGAAGACCGAAAAGGUGCAAGAAUGGAAGAUCGAAAAGAAACAAGAAUGGAAAACCGAAAAAGUGCAAGAAUGGAAAACGGAAAAGAAACAAGAAUGGAAAACCGACAAAAAACUCGAAUGGAAAGUCGAAUGGAUACAAGUGUGGAAACCAGUGAAGAAACAAAUCUGGAUCAAGGAGAAACGUGAAACCUGGGUGGAAGAGAAAGUACAAAUCUGGCGCACGGAAAAGAAGCAAGUCUGGGCCACCGAGAAGAAACAGGCCUGGAAGGAUGAAUGGAAAUCGAUACAGGUGCCCGUGUGGAAAGAGGUUAAAGUACAAGAAUGGAAAAAGGUAUGGAAGCCAGUAUGGGAAAAGGUUUGGGUAGCCAGCAGUCAUCAUGGCUGGGAUUAAGCCCUGCUAUAGGUAAUACUAAGUAACGAAAGAAAACUU